AUGAAUUCCGCAUUCAGAAGCAAAUACGCGGCCCUCUUGAACGAGGACUGGGUCAAACUUGGGUACCAAUCUGAACAUGCUGAACAUGGUCUAGGAUUGACAAACCAAGUGCACCCUAUCUUCCAGCGCACCCAAGCAUUGAGGCCACGAGGUGCAGAGCACAUCUGGCCCCAAUACAAAUCAGAGGGCGAAUACGAUGCAAUGUGCGCUGAGAUGGGUACCGUCUUUCAGCUGGCCUCCAAAAUGCUCGAAUCACCAAAGAGCUUGGAGUUCCUCUACCAAGUUGCCUACAGCCCUCGAAAAGUUUCGAACGUAGGCUUCGGCAACCAAGGACGCCCGUGCAAAGAGUUUGGGUGGACCGAUCCGCCAUUUACGGGGCGUCAAAUGGCCAGGAAUGCUCUUCGUCACCUCUCACGUUCCCUUACCUUCGAAAUUGGGGAUCCUGAAGCCGACCCUGAAGUCCAAGGCUCUUUUGCAGUGACCGCCGCAACCCUGGUGCAUUUUGGGGCAGGGGUGGCGAUAGACGAUGUCUCAAGGAAAACGGGUAUGGCGAGCAGGAUCACUCUCAACGGGUCUUGGAUCCUCAAGCUCAAGGAGCUUGAUGCUCAAGAGGGAGACACCACAUCUCAGAAGCUGAGCCUUCAAGUGAAGAUGGCGAUAACACUAUGUCACGAAAUCGCUCAUGCUCUUGCUUUUGCUGUGAGUCGUGAGUAUUUAGAGAUGUCAAUCAGGAAUUACAACGCCGCCGACCAGGCACACAAAGAGGGCAGAGCGUACGAGUACCCGGUCCAGGAGUUGCGUACCGACGAGCCAUACUACAGAAAAGAAACAAUGGCAGAGAUUGGCAAUAGCUGGGAGAACCAGGUCUUCGGUGGGAAGAUCAACUGGUCCGGAAACUUAAGUGAUCCUCUCUUCGUCAGCAAAUGGCCUUCGUUCCUUACCAGCGACGACGACUACAUUCCAACACGUGGGAAGGAAAAGCGUACCGCGAGGAAAUACGUCGUAUCCCUCCACUUCAUUCGAAACAUGCACCGGCAGGGCUUCUGGGACAACGUGAGGUCUGAGCAUACCAAUGCUCUGUACAUUAAGAAGACUGUCGGGAUUGAAUACGGUAAUCCAGAUACAGAGGCUAUUUCAGUCAACUCCAGUGAGAUCAACUGGCCUCAUGACGAGGAGAAUUCCAGCCGCGUGUCUAGGGAGAAGGAUGGUCAGACAAUUCCGGAUCCGUCAGAUUCGCGUGCGAAUGAAACGGCGGAAGAACGGAGGCCGAAUCCAAGACUCGUAAUGGAUACCCAAUCCAGGAAAAAGAUAGGGGUGCUCAAGCCGGAGGACUGGAAGAAGCUGGGUUACUCCGAUUCCACAACACCCAACGACGACGCUGAGGGUCUGACCAACGAGAUCGACCCAAUCUUUCAUUACACUCACCCAUCGCUGAGCGUUCCAAUAUGGCAUCCUCUCACUAAUGCUGAAUACGAAGACUACCUAGUGGACAUAAGGCAGAUGCUCCAGCUAGCAUCGUUGUUUCUCCGGUCUCCGCCAAGCCUGAACGCCGACUACGACCUCUAUUACAGCCCACGGGUAUAUCCGAAAAAGCGUGUGAACUUUGAGGGCCAGCCAGUGCUAGAGUUCCGUCAUGUUGAAACGACAGAGGCCUAUUGGCCGGAGCGAAGAGACCUGGCCAACGCUGCGCUCGACCGGCUUGCAGGUGUAGUAAGCUUUCGGGUUGUUUCAGAGAAGGAAAACCCCGACAUGGCGGGUGUCAUUGGUUUGAACACGCUCUUUCUUGGGGUACAUCCUCGCGGAGUGAACAUCCAGGAUGAUACGGACUUGGCCAAAGGCAUCGGCUCGACGGUCUGGAUCCACGAAAGACUGAUAACCGAACUCAGGCGGUUACGGAACGAAAAAGGUGUCGACAACACCCUCAAAGUUUGCAGCCUUACGGUAAAAGGAGCUUCAACAAUCUGCCACGAGCUCUUCCACGCAAAGUAUAUGGCAACCGACUCGCCAUUGCUCAGAGACACACUAGAGGAAACAAGCCUUCGCAGGCAUGCGGCUAUGACGAAGAGCGGACGUCAGAAGGAGGAUGUACAGAGCAACGAGCCUUUGCAUGAGGAUGAUACCGACGCAGAAGUGGGGUACGUCUGGGAGAAGUAUGUUUUUGGUGGCCACAUUCACUUCGAAGGGGACGUAGACAAGUGCCUCUUCUUUAGCAAGUGGCCAUCCUACUGGGCCAGCAAAAACUACCACAGAAGGGGUCUGUGGCGCAAGAUGAUGACGAGGUAUGUUGUGGCGAUGCACUACAUCUUGAACCUUCUCAGGCAGGGAUUUUGGGACGACAUGAAAGAAGGGGAUCUCACUGCCCUCCAAAUCAAGAAAUGGAUCGGCAUCAGAAUGAGCUGCCCAUAUUCUGAACUUGAAGACCCUAAUUGGAAUAUUAACGACUCAAGCGAGGGCGAGUAUCCACUGAAAUCACUCGCAAUGGCCAAUGCUGAAGUCAGAGCAAGAUACUCGGAUGUCCUGAACAAAGACUGGGCGGCACUCGGAUUUGUCAGGCUCCAAACUAGGCUUCUGGAUGAUCUAGGUCUAACAGAAGAGGUACACGAUCUGCUCCCAGCUAGGCUUCCGGAAAACUUUGGUCUGACUGGAGAGAUACACGACCUCUUCCAGUUUAACAUCCCGGGACGACGCAUGAGAAUAUGGGAAGAUCAAACUUUUGAGCAGUACUGGGCGAUCCGUGGGUCACUCGAACCGGUGUUCCGACUAGCAACAAACUUCCUCCUUUGCCCCGCAAGUCUGGACUGGUUUUAUUACCUGAUCUACGCCCCUCGUGAGCCUACAGACCCGGUGAUCCUGCACAACGGAGAUGCCGUUCAAGAGUAUCGGCGCGAUGACACGCCGAUGGAAACAAGACACCAAAAGGCAAGGGCCGCACUGCAGCGUCUCGCCAUGACACACACAAUCUCGCUCGAUGACUUCCACGACGAGUACGAUGAUGAGGGACGCACAAUCCCUAGUAUGAGGUACCACGAGAAAGGAGUCAACAUCAAAGAUGAUGAUCCCGAGGAAAUAAGCGGCAUCCGACCCCACAUCGGCAUCAGCCAGGACUUCGUUCGGUAUCUCAUGAAUACGUACAUGGAAGGGUCGCAGAGCAGGCCUCGCAUGCUCAAUAUGUGGAUCAAAAUGGCUGUGACAUGGGGACACGAGAUUGCUAUAGAAACAUCCCAGCGCGUUCAUGCGACCGCGAACAAAUUUCAUCGCGACCAAAAGGAGGCGAACAUAAACGAAGACUUGUUCGAGGACGAAAAUGUUGCUGAGCCAGGCUACUCGUGGGAGAAUUUUGUCUUCGGAGGGACCAUUGAACUCCACGAUUUUAAAGCCAGCAAUCCUCUUGUCUUUAUCAAGUGGCCCAAUUUUCUCAAGGGAGCUCAGGGUCUUAGAAGAGGAGCCUGGAAACCAUCGGCGACAGAGUACUUCAUUCCCAUGCAGUACAGCCUCAGUAUCAAUUCGCAACAGUGGUGGGACAAUGUCGACCCGGAGGAUCCUACCGCUCUUUACAUCAAGAAGAUCGUUGGGACCAGGGUAUACCAGACAUCCUUGGACAUCGACGAUGAUUGGAAUUCUAGUCAAUCAAGCGAGGGGAUAUGGCCCACCGAUGAAGAACGCUCCCCAGACCAGUCACAAUCGCACCGAGUCUCCAGGAUUAUACCAGACACGAUUAUCUAG